CCCGCCUGGACGUGCGUCAUGACACGGGUGAGCGUGAGGGCGGAUGACGACAGCGCGUCCUUGGCGGCGGUGGGCAGAGGGUGGAACCAGGCGCCAUGGAGACCGCGCGCGUGUCGGCUUUCGCUAUUUAUCGGGGGAUUGCGGGUCAGGGAGCCGGGGAGGGCAAUGGACAUGCAGAUGAGACGUGUAACGAAAAGCAAAAGAGUCAAAAUGGUUUGCAGUUGUGCAGAAAGAGCAAAAAUAUCAAAAGAAAACAAAGACAUUUAAUUGUUAAAGCCAAAUGCCUUGUGGCCCCUGUAUCUAUCAUGGAAGAUAAUGAAAUAAUACAAAGAUACCAUAGUGCUGGAAUAAAGAUUGCAGAAAAGAAGAGUAAAUCGGUCACGAAAAUUACCAAGAAGAUGAAUUUGAAGCCAAAGAAAGUCCACCGAAAGCAUAGUGAUACUCUUGCGUCAAUAAUGACCACUUCAACCACCAAGAUUAAAUCCUCCAGUAAGUCACAAGAACUAACAUCUACGGGAAUUGGGAUUGCACGUGAAUUAUCAUCACUAUUCGUGGAGUUAGAUCAAAUAAGCAACAGCAAGGAGAGAGCAAGCAGACUCUUUGAAUGGCUCAUAGAACCUGUCACCACAAAGGAAUUUUUCAGUGAAAUGUGGGAAAAGAAGCCAGCUAUAAUUAGCCGGGCCAUGGCAGAUUACCACAAGACACUGUUCUCCACGGAAGAGUUUGACAGGAUUCUGAAAGAGGAAUGUGUACUAUUUAACGUGAACUUGGAUGUAACCAGUUAUUUCAACGGAAAAAAAGAAAACCAUAACAUUCCUGGCAGGGCAUAUCCCGUUGUGGUGUGGGACUUUUAUAAGAAUGGUUGUUCUUUAAGGAUGCUGAAUCCUCAAGCCUUUUCCCUUAACUUGUGGAAGGUAAUGUCCAUUCUCCAGGAGUUUUUUGGGAGCAUGGUCGGAGCCAAUAUUUAUCUGACGCCUCCUGGGACCCAGGGAUUUGCACCUCACUAUGAUGACAUUGAAGCAUUUGUACUUCAGCUGGAAGGCAGCAAAUACUGGCGCAUCUACAAUCCGAGAACAGAGGGAGAAUUUCUUCCACAAGUGUCGAGUGUUAACUUAACUGAGGAGGAUUUGGGCAAACCUGUAUUGGAGGUUGUGCUUGAACCCGGGGACCUCCUAUAUUUUCCUAGGGGCUUCAUCCACCAAGCUUCCUGCUUGCCCACCACUCACUCACUUCAUGUGACCAUUUCAACCUAUCAGAAGCACACUUGGGGAAACUUGUUAAAAAAGAUUCUUCCAGCUGCUUUAGAGGGCGCUCUUCAAGAUGAUGUAGAGUUCCGUCAAGGCUUGCCCCUAAAUUACCUAGAAUAUACUGGAGUGCAGCAUUGUGAGAAGGUUAACGCCCAAAGGAAGAAAUUCAUUAAAAAGAUUAAUAGUUUAAUUGGAAGGCUACAAGCGUAUGCGGGAAUCGAUGCAGCUGUUGAUCAGAAAGCUAAAGAAUUUAUGCAUGAUUGUCUGCCACCUGUACUUUCAAAAGAUGAAAUUGCUUGUAGUGUUCAUGGUGCACCAACGCGAUGGGAAAAUGGCAAACCACGUGAUGUCUUACUUGAUAUGAAAGGAGAUACCGAAAUCCGAAUGCUUCGCAGCAACAUUGCCAGGCUAUUCAGCGAGGACAACAGAAUAUUAUUGUCUUACACAGUGGAGAAUUCCAGAAUUUACCACGAGGUGGAGCCACAAUCAAUAGAAAUAGACCCAGAGCUUGCUGAUGGAAUGGAGUAUUUGCUUUGUGCAUAUCCAGAAUUUAAAACUAUCCGUAGCAUUCCUUGUGCAGACCUGGAGGAAAAGGUCUCCUUGGCUUCUGCCCUGUUUGAAAGAGGACUGGUGAUCACAAAGAAGCCACUUUCUAGCAUGCCAGAGGAUCAAUGAAUUGCCUCAUAUUGGAUUACAAUCCAUUUCAGAUCAAUGUACAUUGUACAUACCCCAGAUUAUCACAGAUUAAAAACCUUUUAUAGACUACAAUUGAAAUAUAUCUCCAAAUUGAUUUAAAUACAGCAGAAAUCAAGUGGUGCUCAAAACCAAACAUCUUACUAAAAUGCCCCACUGACUGGACUUGACUGCCUUACAUUACCAUUGGCUUGAAUGGUCAUUGUUGUAAUUAAAUAUAGUGAGGUGUACGUGGAUAUCAAUUUGAAUUUAUUGAAUGAGAGAUGUGUAUGCAGAUUUCAGUGCAGUGAUCAUGUGUGAAACUUGCACAGGAUGUUCUGAUAAAAUUGUUUUAAUUUACAAUUAAUUGGGGGAGAAUGAUUGUAGAAGUGAGCUUUAAAGGAUGAGUACAAUAUUCACAGUCUGAUGCCUGGGCUGAAAAUUGGUAGGUUUAAAAGCAUUGGAGGUGUGCCUGCCAGUUUAGUGUGAUUUUCUACAUCGGGUUUGCAGUUCAGUAAACUGAACACUGGAAGGAUGCAAGUUUCAUCACCACAGAUUAUUAGUUGUUCUGUAAACAUGCUGUCUGUGUUUAUUCAUGUAAAGCUAUGUUUGUACCCAAAACAAAAUGACUUAAAAUAAAUACUAGGUGUUAUAGUAGUCAUAAAUAUGCAUGAUGAUAACAAAACACACACAACAUCCUGGGUAGGUUACAUUGAGGAAGACAAUGUAACUAAUGUAAGAUCAAGACUGAUUAACCUUCAGUGAAUGCUGUUUUUUUUUGUUAAGAGUAACAGUUAAUUUCUAGAAAUGUGGAUGUAUUUAACCCUAAGAACUUAACUAAACUUUUAAAUAACAAUUGAAACCUUCUCAUACCUGGGCUCAUCUAUUUCAUGAUGUUGAAAGAAGGGAUCAAUAUUGCGGGUUAUUGUGAAAUUCAGUUGAAGGAAUUUAACCUGUUUUAUAUUAAGCAACAAGACGAACACAUUGC